AUGGAACAACCCCAUGACGAGAAGGACCCAGCCUCCAAGCGGCCACACCCUGUGUGUCUCUUUGUCCUGCCGGCACUGAGGACUCAUCCAUCUGCACAGCUGGGGCCCCUGGGAGGAGACGCCAUGAUCCCCACCCUCACGGCCCUGCUCUGCCUCGGGAACUCUCUUCCAGGGCUGAGUCUGGGCCCCAGGACCCACGUGCAGGCAGGGCCCCUCCCCAAACCCACCCUCUGGGCUGAGCCAGGCUCUGUGAUCAGCUGGGGGAACUCUGUGACCAUCUGGUGUCAGGGGACCCUGGAGGCCCGGGAGUACCGUCUGGAUAAAGAGGAAAGCCCAGCACCCUGGGACACACAGAACCCACUGGAGCCCAAGAACAAGGCCAGAUUCUCCAUCCCAUCCAUGACAGAGGACUAUGCAGGGAGAUACCGCUGUUACUAUCGCAGCCCUGUAGGCUGGUCACAGCCCAGCGACCCCCUGGAGCUGGUGAUGACAGGAGCCUACAGCAAACCCACCCUUUCAGCCCUGCCGAGUCCUCUUGUGACCUCAGGAAAGAGCGUGACCCUGCUGUGUCAGUCACGGAGCCCAAUGGACACUUUCCUUCUGAUCAAGGAGCGGGCAGCCCAUCCCCUACUGCAUCUGAGAUCAGAGCACGUAGCUCAGCAGCACCAGGCUGAAUUCCCCAUGAGUCCUGUGACCUCAGUGCACGGGGGGACCUACAGGUGCUUCAGCUCACACGGCUUCUCCCACUACCUGCUGUCACACCCCAGUGACCCCCUGGAGCUCAUAGUCUCAGGAUCCUUGGAGGGUCCCAGGCCCUCACCCACAAGGUCCGUCUCAACAGCUGCAGGCCCUGAGGACCAGCCCCUCAUGCCUACAGGGUCAGGCCCCCACAGUGGUCUGAGAAGGCACUGGGAGGUACUGAUCGGGGUCUUGGUGGUCUCCAUCCUGCUUCUCUCCCUCCUCCUCUUCCUCCUCCUCCAACACUGGCAUCAGGGCGAACACAGGACAUUGGCCCAGAGACAGGCUGAUUUCCAACGUCCUCCAGGGGCUGCAGAGCCAGAGCCCAAGGACGGGGGCCUACAGAGGAGGUCCAGCCCAGCUGCUGAAGUCCAGGGAGAAAACCUCUCAGAUGCUGCCGUGAAGAACACACAGCCUGAGGACGGGGUGGAGAUGGACACUCGGAGCCCACAUGAUGAAGACCCCCAGGCAGUGACGUAUGCCGAGGUGAAACACUCCAGACCUAGGAGAGAAAUGGCCUCCGCUCCCUCCCCACUGUCCGAGGAAUUCCUGGACACAAAGGACACACAGGCAGAAGAGGACAGACAGAUGGACACUCAGGCUGGUCCUUUCCUCUCCAGGCCCCCAGGCCCCCCCACCCCCAUCAUGUUCCUUCCCUCUCAUUCUCCCCCACUGCAGGCUGCUGCAUCUGAAGCCCCCCAGGAUGUGACCUAUGCCCAGCUGCACAGCUUGACCCUCAGACAGAAGGCAACUGAGCCUCCUCCAUCCCAGGAAGGGGCCUCUCCAGCUGAGCCCAGUGUCUAUGCCACUCUGGCCAUCCACUAAUCCAGGGGGGACCCAGACCCCACAAGCCAUGGAGACUCAGGACCCCAGAAGGCAUGGAAGCUGCCUCCAGUAGACAUCACUGAACCCCAGCCAGCCCAGACCCCUGACACAGACCACUAGAAGA